GGCACGCGCGUGCGCGGCGCGUGAGGCGGCGGAGGCGGGGGAAAAUGGCGGACGGCAGAGCCGACGGGGAGAAGGCGAAGCGGCCGCAGCCCGCAGGAGGACCUGAAGAAGAGGCAGAAAAACCUGUGAAAACUAAGACUGUUUCUUCCAGUAAUGGAGGAGAAAGUUCGAGUCGCAGCGCAGAGAAACGGGCAGCUAAUGAAGAAGCUGAAGACUUCACCACAAAGCCUGCUCCUGCCAAAAUGUCCAAGUUUGGAUUUUCCAUAGGCAGUCAGACAACAAAGAAGGCAUCUGCAAUAUCCAUCAAACUGGGAGCAAAUAAGCCUAAAGAGCCUGUUCCAACCCUGGCUCCAAAAACCCUUUCUGUAGCAGCAGCAUUCAAUGAAGAUGAAGAUAGCGAACCAGAGGAGAUGCCCCCAGAAGCAAAGAUGCGCAUGAAGAACAUCGGAAGGGAUACACCAACCUCAGCAGGACCAAAUUCCUUCAAUAAAGGAAAGCAUGGAUUUUCUGACAACCAGAAGCUAUGGGAACGAAAUAUAAAAUCUCAUCUUGGAAACGUCCAUGACCAAGAAAAUAACUAAAUGAUGUGGAUUACAAGUUGGGUGUUUGGGGGGAGGGGAGGGUGUAACAUUAAAGGAACAGUUUCCUUUUUUAAGAAUGGUAUGAGACUAUCUUUGGAGCCACUUUUUUAAGAUUUUGAGUGGUACACUAAUAAAUGAGUUUGAAAUUAGAGGUAAUUUAUGUUUUGUAUACAGAUUUCAAGGCAUUUGCUAAUUUUGUAGUUCAUGUGAUUAGUUUCAAAAGGUUACAGAUAAUAAAGAAAUUGGAGUGGUACCUUUUUAAGAUAAUUUUUUUUUUGUCAGUGAUUAAAUAAGGUGGAUGAAAAAGGUUACUGUCUCUUUAAUAAGGUCAAAAUUGAAUGCUCUUGCAUUCUCACUUCUGGCUCCCUCUUCAUAACAGGAGAAACAGUUGACUCCUAGGAGUGAGCAUUGUCUUGUGCUAGAGGGGUUACUGGACUAUUAAUUUGAGUAUAAUCUUACACAGGAAAAAAUAAGAACCUGUAUUUUUUUCUCCCUGCAGUCACCUUUUGUUAAGUCUCUGCAAACUAGGAAUUACGUUGCUCUGAGUGGCUCUGGUAACUUAGCUCUGAUUUUGUUUAAAAUUUCAUGUAGGAUGUGUAACCUUCAGUGGCCUGUUCUGUCCUAAGGAAAUGGGCCUUGUCUGUAUAUUAGAUACAGUCUGUAAAGAAUAUUCACUACAAAGGUAAAUCAGUAUUUUCAGUGUGCUCCUUUUAAAUCAUUAGCCUUGAGUAGUGCUUGUUAGCAUUUCCUAGUGGUACACAAAAGCCACCACCAAAAAUACAAGCUAAUGUACAUUAAGCUUCACCUUUGGUUGAAUAUUUUUCUUUACGAUGCCUAGAAGGAAUAAAAGCCACACCAAAAAUUGGUAACUCACUGCUUAGUAUGAAAAAUCUAAGAUGCACUUUCCCUGUCUUGCCAUUUAAGACAAAAUGCCUUGAUACCUGUGACCUCAGUGGACACUAUCAGGUCAAAGAAUGCUGUAUCUGCAGUCCUGAUGUUUCUAACAAGUGUCAGCUUCAGAAAUAAAACUUGACCUUUUCCUGCCUGUCUUCCUUUUGCAGUGAUUUUCAGCAGUGACAUAAAUCUGGUCAGUUUAUUUCUUAGCUUUCAUACUGCAGAACAGUGCUGUAGGAUUUCAGUGCUAGUAGUGACCAUCUAAAUUUCACUCUAAUUUAGAUUGCAUAUUUGUAAAACAUUUUACUAACAGAACAGGUAAAAUAGAACAUUAUCAACAGCAACACCACCACCUGUCCCAAGAGCAACACCUCCCCUACCCCAAACAAACAUAAGGUUCUUUUUAAACUCAAAUACCUGAUAGUGUCAACCACUAAAUUAAUUUCUGGGAACUGGUUGUAGAAUUCAAUACAUUAAUUGCUUUCAUCCUGCCUCUAAAAGCGUCUUCUUGCUAAAGUUGAACUUGCAAGUACAGAAAGGAAAGUGCAUCUUGUAAUGUAUUUUUUUAUUAUUAUGAUUAUUAUUAUGAUGAUUAUUAUUAUUAUUUUAGGAAAGCUCUGACCACUUAGACUUUUGAGUUUGUAAGUUCUAAAAAUAUUUUUUUGUAUUUUUGUAUUGUAUGUGUAAUCUUUUUUCUUUGAAGUCUGAUGCAGUUGAAUACCUGUAACUGUUUUCUUUUAAAAGCCUUGUUACAAACUUAACAUAAAAAUGUAUACAUUAUUUUUUUUUCCAUAGCAGAAAUAUUUGGUUUAUUUAAAACAAAACACACUUUCAAAACUGACUUUCAGGACUUCCAAAAGCAAUUUGGGCAUUACUGGAACUAGGCAAGACAAACUUUUCACUUAUUUUCAUCACAUGUGGUUAUGUUUGUCUGAAUAAAUCCCUUUAAGAUAGUGGUAAUUCAUACUGAAUAGCUAUUUUCUCGUGCUCCUCAGUAGGUGGUUCAUACUAUAUUAGUCACUUGUAUAGGAACAAAGAAAAACAGAACUUCAAAUAAGAGAAUGACUUGGAAAUUUAUUCCUUGUUUUAGUUAACCUUAACCUACCACCACUGUCUUCCGCAUCUUUGACUCAAGUAGCUAUUCAUACCCAGAAUUUCCUUGUACUUCAAAAUCAUUUAGGAAAUUGCUAGGCAGAAGAGCAGACAUGCUAUGGAAUGCCUUCCAUGCAACUGAGAGAGGAAAAGUUAUAUUUAUCUUCUUACUUCCACGGUCAAUAAAUAGUCCUAGACCUUGUGAGAGACUGCAGAAACUUCUAAAUCUCAGCUGAAGGUGAGCAGUGAUCCUGCCUCACCCAAUGUAAGUGUUCUCUUCCUUCUUCAUGGAAGGAAAUCCAUCAGGAUGGCCUCAGGACUGAGUGCCAAACAAGCUGGGUUUUGUUGCUCCGAGGUGUCUGCUGGUGUUUAAUGUCUGACGCUUGCAGGACAAACUGACUGACCUGAACAAUAGCAUCAUGGCAAAUGUUAGCUGGGACUAACUUGAAGCUGUAGGCUCUGGUUAAGAGUAGUCAUGGUUUUUGCAUGCAGAGCCUUUUUGUUUGUUUGUUUGUUUGUUCUUGGUGUGAUUUUUUUUUUGUUGGUUGGUUUGGCUUUUUUUUUCAAAGGAUGUUCAAGAAUCCUGAAACUCAUGAUAAACUAUGUGAUUUAGGUAUGUUGAAGUGCUUCCAGGAGGUAUUUUGAGACCUUGAACUGCUUAGUACAGCAAGAUGUGUGUGCCUGUCAGUGGUUUAAAUGCCAGUUUGUGUAGUUUUUUCCCAGGGAGCUCAUGCUUGCUUAGCAGGAAUUGGCACCUGAGCAGCCUGCAGAACACUGGUGACGUAAGGUGAAGAUGUGAGUAGUUACCCAGUAACCUUCGCUGUGCUACCCUGCAGCUGGGCUCUUCUGAGCCUGCUGCCUUGUAAAUGGAUCCAAACUCAUCUAACUGUAUUAAAAUAAUAAAAAAGCCUAACAACCCCCCCACAAAAAAAAGGAAACAAAAGGCAAGAAGGCCCCCCUCCUCGCCCCCCAAAAACCCAAAACAAAACAGUCCCACCAAACAGUGUGGUGAACUACUGGUGGCAGUGUUUCAGGCAGUGCUGGGUGUAGCCCCUUACCUAAUUUCGUUCCUUUAGAGUAUGGGAGGUGCAUCAUCCAGAUUCUCAGAAUGAAGAUUUUUAUCAGCAGGAAGGAGUCCCCAGCCUGUCUCUAAGGUAACUGAGGGGUGCUGUUUCACAGCUUGUGCCGUAUCAGACAUGACCCAAUCAUGGUAUUCAUUGAACUUUGGCAAAGCCAACUGUGGUCCUCCCGGCAGCCCCAUGGCAGCAGCCACAGCUGCCGUCAGGCCCACUGAGCUUCAUCUCCACGGCUGCCAGGUUUGCAGAGCAGCCCUUUGUCAGAACUCACAGGGCUCUGCUGAGUUCUGUGUGCUGCAGUGGCUUUACCAAAGCUGGCUUUCCAAAGAGACUUGGGAGGAGAAGUCAGCUUUUGAGAAAAUGGCAAAUUCUGGUUCCUGAGGGGGCAAACGGGUUUUAAACUAUUGGAAUUCACUGGUGUCACUACAACUCUUUCUGGGCUGCUGUAAGAUAAGAUAAAUCUGUUUGGAGAAGCAGCAGAGUUUCAAGAAGGUUUAUUGUUUGUGUAGUUGGUAGCCUUAAAGGGUGUUCUGCAAAGAGGUUGGGGUUUUUUGAAUUCCUUAUAAAACUACAAGCUGAGGAAUGCUGAGUAGUUCUGCCCUUAGGCUACAAAAGGGAAGGUUAUGUUCUAAACUCACCAGAAUUGGUUGUCUUGUGUCUCUGGCAUGAGACACUAGAACACCGUAAGUAUUGGACAAUUAACGAAUUGGUUACUUUAUCCUGUUAACACAUCCCUUAUUUCUUCUGGUUUCAUUAGCAAAAAGAUCUCCUAUUGUUGUCUAAUUUUGAAAUAUUGGCAUUUUAUGUAGUGCUUAGGAAAGCUGUUCAUGUCUAAUAAUGUGGAGCCGUUGCCUGGGGGUAGGUGUGUAGUUAUCCAUGGACUCAAAAGCACAGAACAUCAGCUGUUACACUUGAACUCUGGACACAGCAUGUUCAAUUCAUGUUUGCCAGUUCACAUUUAGUAAUCUGCAGUGGUGGGAGCCCAAGAUUUACUGCCCAAACCUUUCAACUCUGCAGCUUUUUGAGGUCUGUACACUCCAAUGCCAGCUGCCCCUCAGGCUGGGUAAGGAGGAGGGAGGAGUGGCAGCGACGUCAUGGCUGGUAAUCAGAGCAUGAACUUCCUGAUGAAGUGGCAUGGAGCAACAUCUGGAAAACCUCUGCUUGGCGUGUGGCUCAGUUCUUAAAUUUGUUUCUUGGGACUGGAUCUCCUGAUGAGAUGGAUACACAGAAAGUGUUUAUGGUAGCAAGAGCUCCACUGAAACGUGAAAUUAUGAGUCCAUAUUGAUGUUUAUUGAUGCCAAGCUAUUAACCUAAAGGUAAUGCAAGUUAUAAUAAAAAUGUAAUUGUCUUUCCUUUUC